CCAAGGACUGGCCUGGAAACAGGCUGUAAGGAAAUUUGACUACGGAAGGCCGUACAGAACAAACGUCGGCGAUUAAAUAAAAGCCAGACCUCGUGUUCACCAGGCGGGGUAAGGCGUUUCCCCGACGUGUCGGAAGUCCAUAAAGCUCCAUAGAGAUGCCAUAGCCAGGUCCAGAUUUAAUUCGAUGAUGGUGCUAUGAACCUCAGGCACUCUUUCAUAGAGCCAUAUGAGCAAUAGAGCAGGCCCCCCCCCCAUCCUCUGCUAGCGUGAUGAACCGUUCCGCCACUCGUAACGAAAGAAAUUGGUCCAGGUGCUCCAAUGGCGAAAAGAUGGAUCCGGGAAUCAAGACUCGUCGAUCAAACUGGCCGGUUAACUCGGACCGCUUUGCCGUGUCACAUCUUUGUCACGCUGUCACUUAUGCAAACGAAUCAGAUUACCCCCAGCACGCCUUUCUCGUCCAUCGUUGCCGUCGUCGCCCUUCUCUUUGCCUUGAUCUUGUACUAUACACGUAGGAUGAAAAGUACCAGAUUUACAAAGAAGAUGUCAGACGAAACAACUGCUCAAUUUUGCAGUGUUACGGGAGCAUCAGCCAAAGAUGCCAAGAAAUACCUAGACAGAUACAGGCGUCUCGACGCAGCUUUGGAUGCGUAUUUUAGUGAUCCUAUCUCGCAUCGUGCCAGCGGAGUGCCAACCACGGCAACGAUUACGAGUAAAUUAAAUGCCUUGUUCGACAAGUACAAAGAUCCCGACAGCGAUGAGAUAACAAUUGACGGGACGAUUAAAUUCUGCGAAGACCUCGUUGUCAAGCUGGAUGACGUUGUGCUGCUUUCCGUAGCGUAUGAGCUGAAGUCAAAAAGGUUGGGCGAAUGGGGGAGACCAGGCUGGUUGGAAGGAUGGAAGAACCUUGGAUGCGAUAAUAUACCAGACAUGAAGGCAUCGCUACCGAGGCUCAGCCACAAACUCUCUUCCGACCCGGAUUAUUUUCGCAAAGUCUACAGUCACACGUUUGAUUUCGGAAAGUCAGAGGGUCAGAGGAGUCUAGCUAUGGAUAGUGCACAAGCGUUCUGGGCUCUGCUCCUACCCCAUGGCUUGAAGGGUGGCGCAUUAUCCCAUACGACAUCUACUGAUGAAGACGACCUUGAUAUGGGUGCGGAAGAGCAAGGAUGGAAUGACCAAUAUACCCAAUGGUGGUUUGAAUAUCUAGAAGCGAAAGGUGGCAAAGGUGUCAGCAAGGACACUUGGUCUAUGUUCUUGGACUUUGUACGGAGCAUCGAUGCCGAGUUUAAAAACUACGAUGCGGAGGCAUGGCCGUCCACCAUUGACGAUUUCGUAGAGUGUGCGCGGGAGCGCUUAAAAUCAAGUGCUUGAUGAUCAAAUGUUGGAAUAUCACGUCCAUUGUCGGGUGUAGGUAUGGCUUCUCCAAGACUUUGUUUACG